AUGGGUAACUGUUGCAGAGGUCAAUCCUCCACCCCGGUGGUGUCGGGUGGCGAUCGGAGGGCUCUGCCGCCGAAGAACCUCAGUCAGAGAAGGCAUGGAGCUAAUUCUUGUUCUACUACGAUCAAGGGUUCAAAAGAGGGUAAUCUGAGAGAGUUGAAAAUAAGAAUGACGAAAAAGGAGCUGAAGGAAUUGGUUGGAUGGUUGAACAUGGCGGACUCGAGUUUUGAACAAGUUAUGGCUCGUCUUGUGAACGUUAUUAGCGAGCACAAUGGUGAUGAUAGUGAAGAAGAUGAUAGGAAUAUUGGGCAGAUGGUGAAAUUGCGUCAGCAACGUUCAUGGAGGCCUUCUCUGCAGAGCAUUCCUGAGAUAAUCUGA